UGCACCAAAGGAACUGGCUGUGAAACCUAAAGCUGAACUGGACCAAUCAGGUGUUUGGAUUGUGGGAUGGUGCUGCUCCUGCAGAGGACCCUGGGCAGGUCUCCAGUCCAUCAGAGGACAACACAGAGACAUGCUAAGUCCUAGGGCACAAUUUAGAGGGACCAGUCAUGGUUUUGGACUGUGGGAGGAAGCAGGAGAACCCAGAGAGAACCAACACAUUCAUAACGAGAACAGGCACUAAUAACUCUGCACAAAGACCUCAGGCCGGGAUUCGGACCAAGGACCUUCUGCUACAAAGGAAUUGAACUCCGAGCCAAUUCACAACUUUUUUGCAAACAGCCCAGUUGUUUUCUAGCUGUACCGAAUCUUUCCCGUACAGUCUAAUAAUACCGUCGGGUCCAGCACUGAACAUUAAGGUUAGAAAGGUCAACUUUGUAUGAAGCAGCAGCAGAACCAUGAGGCCGGGAAUGAAACUGAAGCUCAAACUGAAAUAUUGUUUCCUACGUCACAUUUUCUCAGUUCAUUUUUAUUGAGCAGAACUGAAUCCCUGUGAAAAUAAUGAAAUGAUGACAGAACUCUGUGCGAAUCAAACAGAAUCAGCUUGUCCAGAAAAUGAGAUUACAACAUGCCAGUACCUGAUUCACACCACAAACUGCAGUUUUUAUUCUAACACAAUACAACAGGAAGGAAACGCUGGAAUUUGAUUUCUCCGGCUCAGGAUUGGUGGAUCAACGGAUCUCUGACAGGAAUAAAGUCUAUAAGGAAAUGAGACUCUCCAAGUUUCCUGCUGACUCACAAGCUUCCAGGAUUUCUUAAAGAGCGACACACACAUGAUGACACACAGGAAGACAAAGCACACUGACACAAUGAAAACACACCCAGGUUAAUACUCAUAUGCACCUUCUGUACGUUUCCACUCAGAUGCCACCUCCUGACCCUCAUCCUGACCCUCAUCCUGACCCUCAUCCUGACCCUCAUCAGGGUCAGCAGCCUGACAGCAUGUGAGGUGACCUCUGACUUUGUGUUUCCAGACUUGUGAUGGAGGAACCGCCACCUUCUCUAAGACUCUCCUGCAGGACAGUGUUCAUGCAGUCAGGAGGAUUUCUGCAGUCGAUCUGUAGCUUCAUGUUAGCAGGACAGUCAGAUGUUUCAUAGAUGGAGAACGGAGCUAUAAUGUUCCCUCUGCAUCACAUUGAGCCACACAGGCACUAACAGGAGAUGAUGGAUGAUUCCAGUUUAUUUAUGAAAUUAGAAAGAGAGCAAAGAAAGACCAAACAAAUGAGCUCUCACUCUUUUUACUUUUUCUUAUGUAAAAACAUUUUUUCACUUGUUUUUUAUUUAUUUAUGUUGUUCUGAAUAAAAACGAUGAGUUUCAUAGAGGAUUUCUGCAGAAGAUUCAGAUUUUACAGAAUCAUAAAACCCGCAUGAGAAGAUAAAAUAAAUCAGUAAUCUGAUAUAUUGCCAGGAUGCGGGACACAAGUUAGAGGCUUUAAAUAUUCUACAGGUGCCGCUACUACUGUCUGGAAUGAGAGGUGAAGGUGUUUAGGAACCAGGAGUCCAGAUAUCUUCAAGUGCAGAUAAGAUGGUGAAGAUCUGGAGGACCGAGAAGCUGAAGGUGACCUCUCUGCUGGUUACUGGUGUGUAAACACACUCAAUCCCAGGUCAACACCGGGAAGUGAUUUAAAGUCCACUGCAAAAGGUGCGCAGCCACGUGAUUUACCUGCCAAGUCCCCGCCCAGCAGGCUCAGAUCGCGCUGUUCUCCGUGUGCGCUGCGCGCCCCCGGUUUGGACAGCGGUGACGCAUUCAGGUUUUCAGAGACUUCGUAACUCCGGGUUUGCGGCAUGACUCUGGUCCCCGUCAAUGGGAAACCCCGCGGCGGAGCAGAGCGCAGAUAAAAGGUCCAAACUGAUCCAAAUGGAAGCUGAAAGAGAAGCUCCGGAGCUGCGCAGCGGACACACACUGACACAAGCACACGCACGGCCGCCCUGAUAGACAUGGACACCUGGACAGUCACCAUCUUGCUGCACUACUUGCUGUGUGCAUCUUUAGUCCAAUCAGCUCCCGUCGGCUUGCCAUCCAACUUGCCGCCUGCAUUCAGAGAAACAGCCGUGGAGGCGAGGACCCUCAGUGAGAAAAUCCUGAAGGACAUUUCUGCAGCGCACACUGCUACGGUCAAGGAUUUCAGCCUCGAUUCUUCGAGUCAGAUGUCAAACCUGCAGAUGAUGGGAGUGUCGAUGGGGAUCCCUUCCUCCCCCGUCCUCAAAGUGCUGUCUGAACACUUCACCCUGGACAUGUGUGUGAGCCGAAUGCUGGCAGGUGUUCAGAUGUACCAGAACCUACUGGAGGUUCUGUCCAGCAGAACGAGUGGUCUGGAGGACUUAAAAGCGGACCUACGCGACCUAUUGAACCACAUCAAUAAGCUGACAGAGGCACAACUCGGAGAAGACUAUUUGGAUCAGAACCCCAUUUCGGACCUGGAUUCUCAUCUCCAAGACAGCUACAGUGUCCAGGUGGCGGUCCACAUGACGCUGACUCAGCUGCGCUCCUUCUGUCAUGACCUGAACCGUACCUUCAAAGUCCUCAUCACCUAUAGGCCAUGACCUGCAGGUACAUGCUAAGCCCCGCCCACCAGGAAUGACACGAUGUAACGAUGUGGACUUUAAAGAUCUGCAGGAUCAGAGCUCAGCUGAGAUCAUAUGAGAGGAUCUUUACUGCUCAGUGAUCAGCUAUUGAUGAUCUGCUGCGUGUUCUUUCAUUGGACUCUUUAAAGGCUAAAGCAGAACAGACUGAAGGAUCCAGAGAACCUGAUACAGAGAAAGCUCAUAGUUUGUUUCUGUUCUGCAGUAGCUGCACAUUAAAAACCUAAAAGCUGCUUCAGUUUAUCAGACCAUGAACUGCUGAGAUAUUUCUAGGAAUGAAGAUGGAUGACGUCCUCUUCCUUCUUACCUGCUCAUCUCCACACUGAAUCAGAUCCAGAAGAAUCCUGAAGGUCUGUGUCUGUUUCGGCAUGUCGAGCUGCUUCAUGAGUUGGGGAUCAGCAGGAAUGUGAGCGCUGCCGCAGGAAGAAAUGUGUUGAAAUGUGUACUGACCUUAAAGUUAAGAAGAAAGAGCUUAUUGUGAGCCUGACAGAACCCUGCAGGUCUGGACCCGCUCAGCGCAUAGAUGAACUCUCUUCUUCUGCUGUUUAUCUUGUUUCACCGCAGUGAAGCUGCAGACAGAACAACUACCAACCUGCAGAGUUUGAUUUAUAAUCUUCUGACUGUUAAUGUUUACGAACCCCUGAGGCUGAAACACGGAUCAGAUUCUAACAUUAAUUACAGCAGAAACAAUUAGAUCAACCACAUCUUACAUUUAUUCUCCUGAUGUUUAUUCCUCCUUAUCUCAGGACUACAGGAACAUUAGGCUGCCACCUGCCAGCGUGCUGAAACACAUUUUUACUCCUCUACCACCAAAAGAUAUGUUUUUAUAUAAACGGUUAUCUUGUUCAAUUUAAUUAUCAUCAGAGAAACAGGUACUUCCUGUUUCUGCCUUUUGCAGUAAAGGUUUCUUUACUAAAACACUUUUGUUCUAAAGCAACUGCAGGAAGAGAAAGUAUCAAGAUCUCUUUGAGAAAACGUGACCAGUUUAUUUGUUUAUGUUUUUGAGGUAUCAGGGUAACAGAGAGGCUUUUAUUGUGAAAGCCCUGAUGGCUCCCGUCAACAAAAGGAGCUUUUAUUUUUGUUAUUUAUCAGCUGCAGAUUAUUUAUGCUAUUUUUUAAGUUAUUGAUAAUAUGUAUUAUUUAUUGGUGUAUUUAUUACUAUUGGUUGGUUGUGGGUUGGGUUAUAUUGUUAGUGUAUAUUUAUUAGGUUUUAAAUGUGAAGCUGAAACACUGAAAACGUUUGAGGUCGAACGCCUGAUCAGAGCUCAGCUAGCGGGGGGGGAUGAUGUCAAUGAUGACAUCACAUCCACAUGUCCUCUCAUGACCUCACAUAACUCAGGUUGAAUCCUGGAUAUUUCUAUCUUUAUGUUUCAAAAAUAAAAUCAUCUGAAUUUCUAAAUAAAAGCAUCUCAAUAUC